CACACACGCUUCAGAUCAUCGAAAUGAGCUCUGGAAAAGAACCAGAAACAGAAAAGCCAGCUCUUUCCAACAAAAAUGAUGAAGAGUCUGACCCUGAAUUAUUAAAGGUACAUUCUGCUAACAGUUGGGAAACAGCAGAGUUGGGAGAUGAUAAUCGAAAAAAUAAAUUUUUACGACUGAUGGGUGCUGGAAAGAAUAAAGAACAUCAUGGUAAAUUAGUGAUAGGUGACCAUGCUCAAUCACAUUCUAGACCUAAGACAGAUACAGAAAAAAUAUCAAAUGAAUUGGAAAGCCAAUAUCAGGAAGGUCUUUCGUUAAAAUUAAGCGGUGGGGCACGGGCUCACAAAGGGUUGGGUUUCCAAGAGGAGAAACCAAGAAGUGAAACCACGGAAAAAGAAAGUGACAAAUGCUCAGAAAGUAAUGAAAAAAAUCAAACUGACAAUGAGAAACAAUCGCAGGAUUCCAAAGAUUUAAAGGAACCAGAGAAAAGAAAGUUCGAGGAAUGUCCUAAGUCUGAAAAUGAAAGUAAACCCACAUAUGAGAAGAAGAUGAAAUUUGUUAAAUCAAGCUCUUGAAGACUCAUCAAUGGGAUACUAGUGUCUAAAUAUUUGUUUUAAACCGAUAGACCACAAUAUUUAGACUUUAUCCUGUUAAAUAUUAGAGUUUUCACUUAAAGGACUUUGAAGUAUAUCAAUUUCAUUGACAAAUAUCAUCCAAUGAGAUGAUAGGCAUGUAUGCAAUUCUUAAUCAUCUUAAAUGUCUAGCAGCCAGUGUCAGUGAAACAGGGCUUUGAUGAAGUACUUUGGAUUCAAAAGACGCCGCAAUUUGAAUUCAGUGUUUGUAUCAUUGAAUUACAUUAGUUUAUACCUGUAUUCAAAUGAAUACAAAACAUUGGAACAGGAUCAGCAUUGUUCAAAUUAUUUUCUGGGGUUAACCUAUGUUAGUAUUAAAGGGGUAUUCUGCUUUUUUUCAUUAUCAAAAAAGUCGUAAAUUACAUUUCAAAAUAUUUCUUAAGUAUGCUGUUUAUAUCUAUGUAUUUCUUGAUGAAACUUAUUUUUGUUUUAAAAGGGUUAAUUAAAAACGGAGAUUACUAAUUGUUAAUUAAGCAGUUUGACCUAGUUUUGGUGUUUGGCUUUAUAAUGGCUCAAUAUUAUUAGUUGAAACCUUUAGAAUACGUAGGAAACACAUUAUUUCUCUACAAUUAAGUUUAUUUUACAAAUUUUCGACCUACAAAAAAAAGCAGAAUGUCCCUUUAACCCCCAAUUUUAAUGUCACCUUUUAUGAAUAAAAGAUUGUUUAUAUG